CUUCGUUGGAAGAAACACUUUGACACUUCGCUAACUUCUUGUGCAGAUCACAAUGAGGUCGCUGGCUCUCCUCAUCGCUCUCAUCGUUGGGGCUUCAGCUCAGCACUACCCGAAUUUCAAGGAUGGUCGGAACGUGAUCGUUCACCUCUUCGAAUGGCCGUGGAAUGACAUCGCCGAGGAAUGCGAGAGAUUUUUGGGGCCUUACGGAUUCGGAGGGGUGCAGAUCUCACCCCCUAAUGAACACAUCUCUGGUAGUCAGUGGUGGACCCGGUACCAGCCUGUCACGUAUUACCUGAACAGCAGGAGUGGUUCCGACUCCGAGUUCCGAUCCAUGGUCAAUCGCUGUAACAAUGUCAAUGUUAACAUCUACGCCGACGUCGUCAUCAACCAUAUGGCUGCUUGGAAUUACGAUUUUCCCGGUGUGCCAUUCGGUAGUAACGAUUUCAAUGUUCCACUUGGGCGCUGUCCUAGUGGCAAUGGCGAGAUCGGUAAUUAUGGAAAUGUUGAAGAGGUGAGAAACUGCAACUUGGUAGGACUCAACGACCUACAGACUGGCUCAGAAUACGUACGAGGAAAAAUUGCUGAUUUCCUGAACAGCAUGGUUAACGCUGGUGUUGCCGGGUUCCGCGUAGAUGCAGCAAAGCACAUGUGGCCUGGAGAUCUGAGCAAUAUUGUCAGCCGACUCAAUGGAAACCCAUACAUCUUCCAAGAAGUGAUCGACCAAGGUGGCGAGCCUAUAACGGCUGGUGAAUACGCUGGUAUAGGAGACGUCACUGAAUUCAAGCACUGUGGCCACAUCUCCGACCUCGGCCGCUGCUCAAACAACCUUGCAAACUACCAAAACUUUGGUGAGAGCUGGGGCAUGCUGAACUCUGACGCCGCUUUUGUCUUCGUCGACAACCACGAUAACCAAAGAAACCACGGAGGCGGUGGAAACAUCGUUACUCACACAGACCCCGCUAGUUACAAACGAGCUGUGGCUUUCAUGCUUGCCUGGAACUACGGUACGAAGAGGAUCAUGAGCAGCUUCAGCUUUGAUGGCGAUACCGAUAGGGGUCCACCUGGAAACGGUCCUAUAAUCAACGGUCAAGGUACUUGUGAUGGUGGCUGGGUGUGCGAACAUCGCUGGCGUCAAAUUCGUAACAUGGUUGGCUUCAGCAAGCAGGCAGGAGGACACGGUGUCGAAAACUGGUGGUCCAACGGCAACAACCAGAUCUCCUUCUCCAGAGGUAACCAAGCCUUCUUCGCAAUGACAUGCGAAGGCUCAAUGUCAAGGGACUUCACUACUGGACUGCCCGAUGGAAACUAUUGUGACGUCAUCAGCGGAGAUCCCACGGACAGUGGCUGCACAGGAAUGUACGUUACGGUGAGUGGCGGAAAUGCUCACAUCACGGUACCUUCUGGAGAAGACUCCAUGGUAGCUAUUCAUGUAGGCGCUAAGUCAGGUGGUGGUAACGGAGGUGGGGGUAAUAACCCAACCUCAUCCCCUCCAGAAGACAACGUAACCUCUCCGCCAGGUACUUCCCGCACCAUUAUCUUCAUCCGUAAGGAAACUUCCUCUGGUCAAGAUAUGUUUAUCCAAGGUGGAAUAGGUCACGAAAGACGUCAAGGCUGCACCAGCAACGCCGACAGCAGUGCCUGCGCUAUCCCUAUCACCCACAGAACCGGCGGGUCCGAUCAGACCCUUAAUGACCUAAGGAGGGCGACGACUAUCUUGACUGGUAUAGUUCUGAGAGCGACCAGAGUUCCGAGGCCCCGGGAUCACCUUUAGUCUGGACAACCAAUAAUGCCAAUCACGGCAGUACGGUCGACCAGCAAGGCUACGGUUAUUUUCCCCUCAACCAGUGGGGUGACCAUUACUGGAUGCUCGACGUCGACAUGGACUGCAGUAAAACGGAGGACGGUUGGUUCGAGCUCAAGGGAUACGUUAAAGGAGGCCAGGGCUGGGAAAGCGAUCGUGCCCAGGGAUCUUGCAGUGGAUCUGCAGGAGGCUCAAAACCCUAUAGCUCGUCUAACCACUUCGGUCGCUGUGGAUUCAUCAACAAGUUUGACUUCGAAAGCAACAGUUGUGAAAUGAAUUACUUUUAAAUAGCAAGGGCAAAAUGAAUACAGGCCUACUGUUCAGGCCUUACUCCUUCUUAAACCAAGUAUCACAAUAUGGUUUUUAAUCAAAUACUUAAAGACACCGAUCUUGAGAAACGAAACUGAAAAUUAAUAAUGGUUCUGAUAUCCUCACUUUGAAAAACAAAGAAAACCAAAGAAAAGUCCAUUCCAUCAGCAAAAAUGUUUUCCGUUAUGGUGAUGAAUACUCAAAGUAAUGAUAUAAUAUUGGAUCUAUAUGAAAUACAUUAUUAUCCUCAUUACACGUACUCCAGAAAGUGCAUGCCCUUGCAAUAAAGACAAAUACUUGAAAUUUAAAUC